AUGACGACGCCCGCGCGCUCCCCGCUCUCGGCGCCGUCGUCGCUGCUGCGCCGCGUGGCGUCCCCCGUGCCCGCGGGCCCGGGCAGCGGCGGCGGCGCGCGCUCGCAGACGCUGCUGUCGCGCCUGUUCCGGCGCAAGGACCGGUCACCCGCGGCGCCGCGGCCGCUGAGCCGCUCGCUGUACGGCGAGGAGGAGGAGACCAAGACGCACGUGGACUCGCCCAUGCGCGCGCUGCUGCGCUCGCUCAGCCUGCAGCGCAAGAGCCGGCCGCAGGAGGUGCGCACGCCGCCCGCCGACGCCGCGCAGGUGCUGCUGGAGGGCGUGCUCACGGAGCUGGCGCAGACGCGCUACUGGCGCUCCAAGCCCUGCUACUUCUUCACGUUCACGCUCCGGCAGUUCCACUUCCUGCCGGAGACCAGAAGGCCCGGCCGCCUCGUGGCCAUCGCCACGCUGUCCCCGGACGACGUGGUCUCGGACCUGCGCACGCACCGACAGGUCAAGCACGCGCUGGAGCUGCAGCUGGCGGCGGCGCAUCAGCGCGUGGAGAUCGCAGGGGCCCGGGACGCAGACGACGACACCAGGGAAGAGAGCGCGUCGCAGCUGCUGCGACUCGCGGCGACCGACGAGCGGACGCUCGUCAAGUGGCUGCAGAUGCUCAACUCGUGCAUCAGCAGGCUCGUGCUCCAGGCCGAGGAGCGGCAGUACCGACACGGAGACGCCGCCGGCUGGAACCCCGUGACGGAGCCAGCGGCCAAGAUCGUGCCCAUGUUCGGAGAUGAAGGCCGGCGGUCCAGUAUGCUGGUGAUGACGAGGGACCGCGACCACAACCUGAGCGCCAUCAGCUUCACCAGCAGCGAGUGCAGCAACAACAAUCACUACGAGGAGGAUAUUCCAGCGGAGGAGAUUCGUGCGGCGAGGAAAGAUGCCGUUGGGGAGGAAGACGAGGACGAAACGAAACCGCCCGCGGAUGAACGAUACGACAGAGUCACCCCAGCUUUGGAGGAUGAAGAACUGCCGGCGAGGAGGGCGAUCGAGUAUUGCUGCACGCCCGAGUAUCGAUCAAGUGGGAGUGGAUCAUCGAACUCACAGAAUUUAGUGGAUACGGACAAUAACAACGCCGCGGACGAAAAGGAAGGCAACAACCAGGAGGACAACCAGGGCGAUGACGACUCGGAAGAAGACUCUCUUGCUGGAGAUCUCGCCACUCAAAGUUCGGUGGCACCAUACAAAAGUGCAGUUUUGGCAGGCAGGGGCGUUGCUGCUUACCAAAGCGUGGGGCUGGAGGACGAGUACACGAAAGCUGGCUCAAGAUCGGCAGUAGCAAACGGACGCGGCCGUCUCCCUCGUGCUGCCUUUGGCGCCACAACUAGCAGCUCCGGUUUAUUCCCGACGCUGCGGCCACAGACACACUCGUUCAAUGCGAACGGACAGGUUUUCACUCUGGAUACUCGCUACCAGCUAGUUAAACCCAUUGGCAACGGAGCGUACGGUGCAGUUAUCGCAGUCAAGGACGUAGUGAACGGUGGGGAGAACCUGGCCGUAAAGAAGAUCACCAACAUCUUCGAGGACCUGGUGGAUGCUAAACGUAUUUUGCGCGAGGUGCGGCUGCUGGGCCACUUCAACCACAAGAACAUCACGCGGCUGCUGGAUCUGUCGCCCCCUCCUUCUCGCAAGCAGUUUGAUGACAUGUACAUCAUCACCGAGCUCAUGGAGACCGACCUGCACCAGGUGAUCUACUCGAUGCAGCCCAUGUCGGACGACCACGUCAAGUACUUUUUGUACCAAAUGCUGUGCGCGCUGCACCACAUCCACUCGGCCGGCGUGCUGCACCGUGACAUGAAGCCCAGCAACAUUUUGUUGAACGCGAACUGCGACCUUAAGGUGUGCGACUUCGGCCUCGCUCGUGGAGGGGUCGGCGGACAAGAGGAGCUGCUGCAGCCUGGUGAACUAACGGAGUACGUGGUCACGCGGUGGUACCGCGCGCCAGAGAUCAUGUUGAACUGUCUGCACUACACUACAGCUAUCGACGUGUGGGCGGUGGGUUGCAUCUUCGCAGAAAUGCUGUUGCGCGAGCCGCUGUUCCCCGGAAACGACUAUUUGCACCAGCUUAAGCUCAUCAUCAAGUUCCUGGGCACGCCAAAGCAGGAGGACAUUGGGUUUGUGAAGAACACCAAGGCGAUGCGCUUCCUCACGAAGCUCGCGAUCUCCAAGCCGAAAAAGUGGCGCGACGUGUUCGCCGGCAGCGGCACGGAGAACGCCGUGAGCUCGGAGGCGAUCGAUCUACUGAGCAAGAUGCUGUUCUUCAACCCGGAGAAGCGUAUUUCAGUGGACGCGGCGCUGCGCCACCCGUACCUGGCCACUUUCUUCGACGAAAACGACCUCGUGGUGUCGACUGCGUUCGACUUCUCGUUCGACCUGCCCGACGAUCAGCUGUCCAAGGACGCGCUGAUCAACUUGCUGUGCGAAGACAUCGAGCAGUUCCACCCACCCGUGCCGACGUCUGUCACUCCGAUGCCAUUGAGCGCCGCCGCCAGUCGAUUCUUCCGGAUGGGGAUGACGGCGUCGGCCAGCUAA